AUGGCCUAUUUUACGAGACCAGGAUGUCCAAAUGAGAACAUUUAUGUCUACGUGAAUCAAACCGAUUCUGAUCGAUCUCGCUACAUUUUCAUCGAGUAUCACGCUUCGACUUUGCAGGACUGUAUUUCGAAGUGCUUUGGCAAUCAAUUUUGCUAUUCGAUCAAAUAUGAUGAGACAAAAAAAGACACUUGUUCACUAUACUAUUUCAGUGCCUACAAUUGCACACAUCAAACCUUAUCCCUUGCAAAAGACAUCAAAUACAAAGGAUCACCGAUCACAAUCGAUUGUCUACGAUGUCCGAACAAUGGGGAAUUCAUCACUGCUCCACCAAUCGAUUUCAUCAGUGAUCAAACGUUGAACGCCGAACAUGGAGUGAACGGGGAAAUGAAAAAGCCGACACAUGAAGAGAAUAGGGAUUCGGCUCCAACCAUUCACGCUCACAAACCCACCGAAGCAGUCACCGAAGCAGUCACCGAAGCAGUCACCCAAGCAGUCACCCAAGAAGUCACCCAAGCAGUCACCCAAGCAACCACUCCAGGUGAAAUCGAGAAGACCACAACCACGCCAUCGACCUCAGAAACCGUGACGUCGCAGGUGGUGCUCAUCGGGACGAGUACACCGACGGUAAUCGAAGGACAAUUGGAGACGGAUAAUACUACUUCAUCCGGCGUGGAAGAGACUUCAACAACAGUGGCCACUCCAGUAGAAACAUCUUCUACCAUUGGGGAAACUUCGAGUUCUACAACAGCUGCCACUGAAACAAGCACAGUCAUUGAGGGAACAAUCCAGAAUGUACAAGCUAGUACAUUAAGUGGAGAAGAGACAACAACAGGCAUGAAUGAGUCAGAAAGCACAACCAUUUCAACUCCAUCCAAUGAGGAAACAGCUUCAAAUCAAUCAACUACUUCGGUCAUUGAAGAAUCGACUGCAGCAAAGUCUGAUGGAGCGCCGAUCUCACUCGAGUUCAAGCCAAUUGACUGUGAUGGUGAAGUGAAAUUCCUUGGUUCGACGAGCGUCGAUUUGGAGACAGUGCAACUGUUGAUCAACUCAUCGAUUGUCGAAUCAGCGCCCGCUUGUGCGAGAGAAUGCUAUAAAUAUGGUUGUGGGUUCGCCUAUUUCAACCCAGAAACGAAAACUUGUGAAUACACAUCGAACACAAAAGAUCUUGUCGACAAUUCGGCUUGCGAAAAUCUCGAAGAGCCUAACUAUAAAGCGUUUUUCGAGAAGCCCGUGCCUGUUCAGAUCACUUGUGUCACCUGCAAACCGGCAGACAAAGAAGAUGAGGAGAAUCCACCUUGUGUCAUUCGUUUCCAAGUCGAUCAAGAACAAGAUACUGAGAAAUUCGAGGUGACUGGACGCAAAAAUGUCAACUCGAUCAACGAGUGCGCUGCUUUAUGUUAUGGUGGUUCAUGCAGUCAAGCCGUUUACUCACCCACCGCCAAUGAGUGCCGAUUUGGCACAAUGAAGCACGAUAUUUGCCACUCGAGAUUGGACUUUCAAUCGGUGGUCAAUCCGACGAAAGAUGUCGUCAUUCAGUGCUUCCGUUGCACUCCCGAGAAGGAAAUUCUCUUGCAACAAGAAGUGACAUCAAAAGAAACGACUGAAUCUCCGGAAACGAGCACUCAGUUGAAUGAGACAGGAGGAACGACUCAAAUUUCAUCGGAAGGAGGUCAAUGGGCGGCUGAUGAGCCAAAUAGAAUGGGAUCAGGAUCGGGAGAAGUUCCGGAAGAAUCAACAACAAUUGAUCAAGUAUCAACUGACUCUAGAACUGCCAUUCCCGUUCUUGGCAAUGAAGACGCCACAGUGAGCCAGAUUGAGCCUGGAUCUGGAAGUGAAGCGGAAAAGAGCACUUCCGAGGGAUCCGGGGCUACAACCGCGGAGGGAUCCGGCUUAGAAUCAGUUCCUGAAAAUAUCGAAUCGUCGACUGUUCCAGUUGAAACAACAACAGCUGAAGGAAAUGAAUCGACGCUGAGUGGAGAGAUUCAAGCGGCAACAAUAGCCACUGAGACAGAGACCUCAACUAAUCCGAAUGAAACAAUUUCUUUGUCAGUGACUGAAUCGAUUCAUGUUGAGGGAAGUGGAGAGGUGAACACGAUGAUCCCGUCACUCUUGGACAAUCAAACAGAGAAUGUAGAGAAUGCAACAACUACUGGACAAUCACUCGGCCAAUGGGCUGCCGAUCUUGCAGCAGUCGGGUUGAGCAAAGUUCAUUCGCUUUUCUCGACAACACCUGAACCAAAAAUCCAAGAGUCGACUGUGGAGAGUUUGAAUGAAACAAGUGUUGAGACUAGUUCCACAGAAAGUUCAACCGAGGCCUCAACGGUGAAUGGAACGACAACUGAUUGCCCAGUUGAAGAAGAAUUGUUGUCUUCGAGUACAAUGACUCCAGCAGAGAAUCCGAGCUCCGAGUCAACUACUGUUGCCAAUGUUGCUUCAUCGGAAAUUGGUUCCGAGUCAACUACCGCUGUUGAAGUCUCAAGUGUGACUUCUACAACAGCUGAGGGAGAUCAACCAAAAGGCUGCCUUGUGAAAUUUCAAGCCGAAUCUCUUGAGAAACGACCAUCUGAUUUUGUCUCAUCAUUUGAUCAACAUCACACAUUCGAGCAACCGGAGGACUGUGCCAAGAAAUGCUAUUUGGCUGGUUGCACGGGAGCCCUCUACGAUGUGAACACAAAAGAUUGCUUACUCGGUUUCGGGGAUCCGCUUUUCUGCAGCAAAGCGCCGGAGAUCGAAAAAGUCGAGGGAAAUGAGGAGGCGACUCUUUGGAUUCACUGUGUUUCUUGCAAGCCUGGCCCAGAUGCUGAUUUGCUUUUGUCGUCAUCGACGGAGCCAACAGAGAGCGCCAAUGUGACUGAAGCCAAUGUGACUGAAGCCAAUGUGACUGAAGCCAAUGUGACUGAAGCCAAUGUGACUGAAGCCAAUGUGACUGAAGCCAAUGUGACUGAAGCCAAUGUGACUGAAGCCAAUGUGACUGAAGCCAAUGUGACUGAAGCCAAUGUGACUGAAGCCAAUGUGACUGAAGCCAAUGUGACUGAAGAGAGCACAAAGAGCUCCCUGCAAGAAGGAAGCGGAGAGGAAAAUCAAGCCCAAUCAAACUUGACAACAACCGCCGAAGAACCGAUCACAACAGUGGAACCACUCCAAUCAACCAUUUCCACUCUCUCGGAAUCAGCAACUGAACCAACAGUGCCUCCUACUGCUCCAUCGAAUGAAACCGAAACGGUGGAAGGACUUCUGACACCAGCUGAAGGAAGUGGAGAAGUGCCAACAACAACUCUUUCACCCGAAUCAACAACUGAAGAAGAAAUCGAAGAUUUCACCCUUUCCGAGGCAGAUACGCCAAGCAGGACGGAAGGAGAGGAUAAUUCUGUGAAAGAAUCUCCUGCCGUUGAAGGUAGUGGGAUUGAAGAAACAACAACUAAAGGAAGUGAAGCUGUUACAAUGCUUGGAGAAGAAACCGUUCAAAAUAACACCACUGAAACCUCAACAUCAGAAAUAACUCAAAGCUCAACGACAGUUGAAAGCACCACUGAAGCCUCAAGUUCUACCUUGCCAAAUGAAACAACGACUGUUGAGGGAAGUGGAGUCGCUGUGGAAUCAACAACCACUCCGGAAACCUCUGAAACUUCAUCAACAGCUGAAACUAAUGAAACUGAGCCAGUGAUACCAGUUGUGGUCAUUUUGCCAAAGAGUGAAGGAAACGAAACGGAGACAGCAACUGCUUCUGAGAUGCAGAGCUCAACAAGCUCCCCAUCUCCAACAACAGUUGAAGAAAAUGAAACGGUAGCCGCUUCUUCUACCGAAUCUUCUACUGUUGAAGGCAGUGGAGCUGUUGUGGAGUCAAGCUCAACAACAAGCAAAGCGGAAAAUGAAACAGAGGUCUCCGCUACCGAUUCGUCAUUGCUACCUGUAGUUGAGGGAAGUGGAGUAGUUGUUGAUUCAACCUCUGAAACACCAACAACAACAAAUGAGCCCACAACUUUAUCGAUUGUCAAAAAUGAGACGAGUGAAGUAAUUACAGCGACAACCGUUGAAGGAAGUGGAGAUUUAUCCGAGACAACAACCACACCAAGCAAUGAGACAAUUGUUAAGGGAUUGAAUGAAAAUGAAACACAAGCAACGACUGAAUCAGAAGAGACUCUCACAAAUGAGACAACACCAAUAACAACAACACUUCCAACUGGUUUCGCAGCCGAUUUGGAUUCAGGAGUGAAACAUGUUGAACAAGAUGAAACGAACAAAACAAUCGUUGAACAGAUCCAAUCCUCAACAAAUAUUCCUUUAAAUGUUCAACAAACUACCACUGAUGAGAGUUUUGGUUUGGUGUUUGGUGAUCUGGAAAAUGUCACUUCAACGGAACCAACUGGUAGUGAAGCUUCGAGUGCUCCAGCUGAAAGUCCAAUUGGGGAAAGUAGUGGAGAAGCUGAGAAUGAGACCGAGUCCUCAACAACGACAGAAACAACAGAAUCAAGCAGUGAGACAACCACUCCAACCACAGACUCGAGCACUGUAGAGGGCAGUGGAGCUGAAGUCGCUGCAGCACACCUCCUUGAAAAGCUGAAAAAUGAUACCUCGGACAAAUUGAAAGAGUUGACGAAAGAUGUUCUUGGCGCUGUGACCGCACAAGCUGAACAAUUUGUGCAAGAGUUGUUGAAUGAAACGAGUACAGAAGCGAGUAAUGCAACAGAAGGAUCGGGUGAGGAAGAUUUGCUAACAAAUCCCAGUGAAAGUGUUGAAACGACAACGAAUGUGCAAGAGACAUUGCCGCAAGAAUCAACAGCAAAGUUUGAGUCAAGCACAGCUUUACCAGUCACUGAUGCAACAGAAACAACAACUGUUACUGAGCCAAAUGAAGUACAAGGAAGUGGACAAGAAACGGUGGCUCCAAUCGAGAAAUCAGAAGACCAUGAGCCGAUUGUAACGGAGAAUUUGGUGAACGGGACGGAGGCUACAACUUCAGCUGCAGAAGAGCCAACACCAACUCUUGCAAGCACAACAACUGAGAUUGAAGCUAGUGGAGAAAGUUCAACGCCUUUGCUUGAAGUUGUCACUCUUCCCAAUGAGUCAACUGAAUUGACUUCUGUUGCCACUGAAGCCACAACCGAGUCUUCAACAGCUGCCGAAGCUGAAAGUACUAUUGCAACAACAACUCAAGGAGUUGAAGGCUCAGGAACUUUUGCAGAAGUGCCCGUGGAAGGACCGGUGGAAAAUGGCACUCUCAGUGAAUCAACGACUCCGGUUGCUGAACUGGGCACGGAAAAUGCUACCAUUGUUGGUAUUGUGGAUACAACAAGUGGAACGACAACCGUUUUCCCAACAACGGUCUCCAUGGAAUCAGAAGUGACUGCCGAAAGUACCUCGCCUACUACUGCAGUAACUGAAAGAACUGCUUCUCAAGAAGAUCUCAAUCGGUUGAGUGAAGCUAGUGGCCUUGAGGCGGAAAAUGCCACGGCUGCUGAAGUAAUCGAAACAACUGAGGGAAAGUUGGCUGCCGAUUUGGCCCCAAUUGUUACUAUUGAGGCUCUCAAUGAGACAACGGUUGUACCUGAAGAAACAAGCUCGACAACAGAAUCAACACGUCAUGAAAGUAGCAGUUUGUUGAAUGAAUCCAGUGGUCUUGAACCCGAGAAUGGCACCAUUGCUGUUGAGACAACAACUGAAGCGAAAUUUGCCGCCGAUCUUGCUUCUCCUGGCCUAAUUGAACUAAAUAAAACAAUUAUCCAAGAAAAUGUCACAGUGAUAACUCCUACAGAAAUUUCAAGUACACCUGCUGGCCAACAAUCAACAGCAAGAACUGAGGACGUUAGUUUGUUGAGUGAAGCCAGUGGUGCUGAGCCGGAGAACGCUACGGUUGUGGAAGAGACAACAACUGAAGGAGGAUUUGCUGCCGAUCUUGCUCCAACUGGUCCAACAACAACUGCAGAAGUUGAGGGAAGCGGUGGAAAAGUUGAGCAAUCAAUCGACGCCGAGACAACGACGAUUGAAUCGAAAAUUGUCGCUCAAAACAAAACCGAGGGAAGUGAAGAGCUUUUGACUGGGUUGGCUGAGACAAAUCCCGAAAAUUUGACUUCGGCAAGUGUUGAAUCGACCACUGCAAAUGCUUCCGAAAGUUCAACUCUGAAGGAGACAGCUACUGAAAGCAGUGGAGAACCCACAGAAACAGCUCAAGUCGAAACAACCACUUCAACUGGUGCACCAUCAGAAACCACACAACCAGUCCUUGAGGCUCAAAAUGCAACAAUGAUUCCACUUGGUGAAACGACUCUAGAAGAGGGCAGUGGACAUGAAGAAAAUGCCACUUUGGCCGCCAUUCUUCUAGUAACAACAAGUGAACCUGAAGAAGAACCGACUUUCAGCACUUUGCCGACGAGGUCUGAAGGAGUUGAAGAAAAUGGAGAACAAGCGACAACGACAUUUAGUCCUGAACAUGCUUCUCUACCCACAUCCGAAGGAGAAAAAAGCUCUGAGGCACCUGAGUCAACGACUAUUAGCGAAGAGAUCACAAAAGAAGCUACAAUUGUUGAAGCAACAACUCCAACAGUAUUCGAGGGAAGUGGAGAAGUGCCAGAAUCCACAACAAUGAGUGAUGUUGGAAGUUCAACUCCAGGGACUUCAUCAACAGCUGAAACUAAUGAAACUGAACCAGUGAUACCAGUUCAACUGCUUCUGAGAUGCAGAGCUCAACGAGUGAACUCCCCAGCUCCAACAACAGUUGGAGAAAAUGAAACGGUAGCCGCUUCUUCUACCGAACCUUCGGCUGUUGAAGGCAGUGGAGCUGUUGUGGAGUCAAGCUCAACAACAAGCAAAGCGGAAAAUGAAACAGAGAUCUCCGCUACCGAUUCUUCAUUGCUAUCUGCAGUUGAGGGAAGUGGAGUCGUUGUGGAAUCAACAACCACUCCGGAAACCUCUGAAACUUCAUCAACAGCUGAAACUAAUGAAACUGAGCCAGUGAUACCAGUUGUGGUCAUUUUGCCAAAGAGUGAAGGAAACGAAACGGAGACAGCAACUGCUUCUGAGAUGCAGAGCUCAACGAGCUCCCCAGCUUCAACAACAGUUGAAGAAAAUCAAACGGUAGCCACUUCUUCUACCGAAUCUUCUACUGUUGAAGGCAGUGGAGCUGUUGUGGAGUCAAGCUCAACAAUAAGCAAAGCGGAAAAUGAAACAGAGAGCUCAACUACCGAUUCUUCAUUGCUAUCUACAGUUGAGGGAAGUGGAGUAGUUGUUGAUUCAACCUCUGAAACACCAACAACAACAAAUGAGCCCACAACUUUAUCGAUUGUCAAAAAUGAGACGAGCGAAGUAAUUACAGCGACAACUGUUGAAGGAAGUGGAGAUUUAUCCGAGACAACAACCACACCAAGCAAUGAGACAAUUGUUAAGGGAUUGAAUGAAAAUGAAACACAAUCAACGACUGAAUCAGAAGAGACUCUCACAAAUGAGACAACACCAAUAACAACAACACUUCCAACUGGUUUCGCAGCCGAUUUGGAUUCAGGAGUGAAACAUGUUGAACAAGAUGAAACGAACAAAACAAUCGUUGAACAGAUCCAAUCAACAACAAAUAUUCCUUUAAAUGUUCAACAAACUACCACUGAUGAGAGUUUUGGUUUGGUGUUUGGUGAUCUGGAAAAUGUCACUUCAACGGAACCAACUGGUAGUGAAGCUUCGAGUGCUCCAGCUGAAAGUCCAGUUGGGGAAAGUAGUGGAGAAGCUGAGAAUGAGACCGUCAAUGCGAUUGAGUCCUCAACAACGACAGAGCUUCCAACAACAGAUGGAUCGAUCUCUUCUCAAGUAGAAGACACUCUGACUUUCAAUUUCACUAUGGCUCCUGAACUUGAAUCGAAUGCAACAGCAAAACGACCGGCGAGCGUUGGCUUUGUCGUAAAGACAGAUCACACAGUGGAAACAAAGCCAGAAGACGAUUAUGGAGAUGACGAGGAUGAAGAUGGAGACAAAGUGAAUUAUGAGGAUACGAUUGAUAAAGGAGAUAAUGGAAAUGACAAUUUGACAACAACAGCCGAACCAUCGACAAGCACAACCACCGAACCACCUGUGCAAGCCGUUUCCGACAUUAUCGAAACUUUAGUGGACGGUGCUUUGGAUGUGCUUUUCGGAAAACCAAAGACUUCAACCCAGACGGCGGCUGAUUUAAUUCACAAAGAUCGAGGUUUUGGCUUUGGGCUGAAUCAGGAACCGAUCGCUCGAAAAUUGGACACAAAAGAGGAUUGCCCUCCCGGUAGUGUGCAAUUUGCCGCCGAAGAGCUCACCGAUUUGACAACACAUUUCGAGAAAGACGCAGUCGCCUAUUCAGUGCAACAUUGCGCCCAUUUGUGUCUCUCAUUGGGAUGCAAGACUGCCGCUUUCACAAGAUUCCCUCGACCGGUCUGUUUGAUGCAUUUCGAAGCAGCUGAACCGUGCAGUGAGCCGAUUCAACGAACGACCACGUAUCAAUUCAAAUCUUUGCAAGAAGUCGUCAAGCUAACCUGCAUGAAAUGCGCUCGAAACAAGUCCACCAACUUCAAGCAACGAGAACAAGUCGAUAUCACAAAUAUCGGUGAUCUGAUCAUGCAAGAGCUUGCACCAACAACGGCGCAAGAGGGUACAACUCCAAGCUGUGGUGGUCGUUUGGAGUUCCAAACGUUGCCUGUUGCAUCGCUUCCACGAUUGAAUAUCUCAAAUGAUGUCCCUGCAAGAACACCUGCUGACUGUGCCAGGAAAUGUUUCGAAAUGGACAACUGCACAACGGCCGGUUUCAUUCCGUCUCCAUCGGGUGACAUUUCGAACGGCGUUUGUUUACUAACGUCAGAUGUGAAAUUCUGCGCAAAUGCCGAUGAUUUCAUCCCCCAACACGCCUCUUUGACUCCAUUUGUCAUUUCGUGUAUACGGUGCACGGCUUGCACUUAUAACAUCAAAACGGUGACCCCUGAUCGAGUGUUGCCGAAAUUCACGGCUUUUGAGAGGGUGAAAUCGGUGGGACAAUGCGCCGAGGAAUGCUACAAGAGAAAAUGCACAUUGGCUCAAUAUGACUCGAAUAUGCAAAUUUGCUCAAUGUCGACGGCACCCCGCGACUCGUACACGUGCACGAGAGAGGUCGCCGUCCUCACACAGGGAAUUCUCCCGGUCACACUCGAGUGUGUCGAGUGUGGAAAUGUG